AUGGCCACAAUCGCCCUCCCCCGUCUGAUUGCCUCGCACCGCUCUCCUCCCAACAUCGGCUCUCUUUCGACGACAAUCACGCUCGAGAACAUUAGCCAGCAACCGACACAAUGCCCCACGCCUGUCACACCCGUGCCAAAUAAGCACAUCCCCGUGUGUCCCCCAGGCCCCGUACCCCAGGAACAGCCCAGCACGCCGCCACCGUCGCCGGGGAAGGAAGACGAGGACCAGGCCUAUCGCUCGCUGCUGUUUCCGCCGGACAACUACACUCGUCUCGAGUCGGGCAACCAGUCCCUCUACAAAAUCAACGCCGCCGACGUGGUGGCAGCAUUGGACCAUAUCUCGCGACAGCCGCUGCCCGACCCCUCGCUGGUCUUCCCCUGGUUCCAUGGCCUGCAUCCCCAGAACCAGAUCCAGCUGGCCUUCUUCAUAGCGCGAAAGCGCACUUUGAGGAGAACGCCCACGUGCCUGCGCGGCAUCACGCUUGUCAAGGCCGAUGGAGACGUGAGCGUCUCGCGCCUCAAGGGCGCUAUCCCGCCCCAUGAAUUCCUGCAGCUGGGAGGUGCUGCCGCCGAGUUCCUCGAGGCUGAUCCAAGGGAAGGCUUUUCCGUCCGAAACUUCCAGAUCCAGGCCGCCAAGUCGGCCAUGACAUCGGACAUCAUUGUCUAUGGCGACGACGACGUGACCGUGCGCAAGCUGGGCUGGGAUAUUGUCGCCGCCCAGCAGAGGUGGCGGGCCAAGCACGAGAAGCAGAGGUUCACGGCACCCGUCUAUAACACUUUUAUCUGCGUCGGCCCUUUCAGCGACUUUGAAAACCUGCAUCCCGAGGUUGUCGCCGUUGACUCGGCCGGCCGGCUGACGGGCAACGUCAUGGACUUUUUCCACCAGGAACGGAAGGAGAUGUAUGCCAUGACCCAGGCCUCGGAGAUAUCCCACAACGUGUGGCUGGGCCCGACUCCCGACCCGGCAGCCGCUGUCGAAGAGCAUGGCUGCGAAGUCCUCAUAGAAUGCAGCGACCUGGGGCGGCUGAAUCCUAGCACCCUACAAGCCAUUGCCGAGGGUUGCGGCGAUGCCACCGCCCGCCAGCUUUUUGUUGACUUCCCCUCGUCCGGAAGCAUUCUCCCGCCAACUUGGUCGCACACCGAGGCGGACGGCAUUCUAGAAACGUGCAAGUGGAUAUACCAUCUGGCGCACGGCACGCACCCGUCUGUUCCAGCCGAUGCCCAGACUGGCAGAGAUGGCCAUGGUUCGAUGGUAGACACGCCAGAAGGAACGCGCGAACUCAACCUGCGCCCUAGGAAAGUGCUCAUCCACUGCGCCGACGGAUACACCGAGUCGACGCUCCUCGCUAUCGCGUACUACAGCUACAGCACGGGGCGGCCUAUUCCUGACGCCUGGCUCAACUUGCAUACCGAGAAGCAGCGCAACUUCUUUGCCUAUCCCUCAGACGUGGCGCUGCUGACUGCCAUUGCGCCUCGGCUUCUGCACGAGUCCCCGGUGCACGCCGGCGAGAGCCUCGCCGACAUUACAGCGCUAGUCAGGGACGAGCCCAGGUGGUUUUCCGGCUUUGACGGCUCCUUCCCCAGCAGAGUUCUUGAUUAUAUGUACCUCGGCAACCUCGGGCACGCCAACAACCCCGACCUGCUCCGGUCUUUAGGCAUUAGCCAGAUCCUCAGCGUCGGCGAGACGGCCAUGUGGCGAGAGGGCGAGCUCGAAGAAUGGGGGCCGGAAAACACGUGUGUCGUCCAUGGGGUCCAAGAUAAUGGCAUCGAUCCUCUGACAGACGAGUUUGAAAGAUGUUUGGAGUUUAUCGAUCGCGGCCGGCGCAAUGGUACAGCAACCCUUGUCCACUGCCGAGUGGGCGUCUCCCGCAGCGCCACCAUCUGCAUUGCAGAGGUUAUGCGAACCCUUGACAUAUCAUUCCCUCGGGCCUACUGUUAUGUCCGCGCCCGCCGUCUCAACGUAAUCAUCCAGCCCCAUCUCAGGUUCGCAUACGAGCUUCUGAAAUGGGAGGAAAUGCUUGGGACGGGGGCCAGCGCCACCGGCGAAAUCAAGCGCGAGCUGGAAUGGGGUGAGAUCGCCAGGGAGGUCGCGUUGAUGAACAGGCCCUAUGCGAGAUGA